UCAUUUUGUGUGUACAAUACUUCAGUAUUUUACACGCACAACUAUAUCGUAAGUCGUAAGUCGUAAACCCAACUCUGUCACAAACGUCACAAACUGAUCUACCAUGCUCGCGGGGCCACGUCCUAUAUAUUACAUACGUUCGAAUAGACGCACGGGCACGUCGUCCAUCUGGUGGCGAUGCACUGUACCGUCAGCGUUGGUCCCGAGUGCGAGCGUAGAAAGAGAAAGAGAAAGAAUGACACAGACACAGGUACGAGGACGAGGUUGUGGUGUGAGGUUUGAGGUAGCCACCGCCACCAGUCAACAGCGGAGACGGAGACGGAGAGUCCGAGGUAGCCCCGUGCCUGUAGCUGCCCGUGGCUCGUUGUAACUCGUUGUAACGUGACGCGAAGGUGUGCCAAGCUCUUUCGGUUGCCUGUUACUUCGUCCGAAGACGCCCGAUCGCACGUCUACCCGUGGUGUCGCGUAUGGAAAAGAAGUGUCGGUAGCAGUGUUGUGUGAUCUAUCGGCCUGGCUCGAUCCUCGUGUUCCCAGUGCCCCAAAAAACUGUACCAGUCGAGCUGAACUUGUAUCUAUUCACCGUGGAAAACUGUCAAAGAGUGCUUCAUGUACUAGACACUGCAUUUUAAACGCGAACGCUGGACACGAUCGUCGUCGCGGUCGCUGAGUUGCAGGGAGCAUAAGGCGCACAGGCACCGAUCGUUUCCCGAUGUCCGAGCUCGGGCUUACGUGAUUGAGACUGUCGAAUGGGAGGAAUUUGAUCAUCUCGUGAUCAGUCGUGAGGACCAGCUAGCAGGACCAGAGUGGUUCUCAUCAGGAUGCUGCAAGGUUUCGCAGCCGUUCAUAGACCCCGAGUCGCGUCACGUGCGUACGACGAAUUAACCAGCUGAGGAUGUCGGAGCAAAACGGGCCCAGCGAGGGCCCAGGACCGGGACCGGGUCCAGGUCCCGGCUGGUGGUCAGCGCCUUCUUCGCAAUCCUGGAAGUCGAACUCCUGCACUGCCCCGUCUUCCUCGUCCGCCGCUCCAGACAAUGCUUCCGCCUCCGUCUCUGCCUCCUGCACCACCUCCACUUCCUCUCUGGCGACCACAACCUCGGCCACUUCGUCGACCAGCUGUUGCUCAUCGACACCCAGCGGACCGUCGUGCACGAUCACCGCAACUCGCUCCUCCGAGACGGGAAAAAAUGUCUCUGUCACAACGAUCAACGUACCUCCGAAUCAAGAUAUGCACGAUGGCAAAGGUAUAUGCAAAUAUCUCACCGGUCAGAAUGGCGUAACAGUGUCCGUCGUUUCGAGCUGCGGUUCCGUGCCCGGCUGCGGGAACACAAAUAUCGUUUCGACAACGGGAAUCGGUACUGGAACCGGGACGCAAAGCAUCGGUAUCGGGAUCGGUGUCAACGUCUUAACACAGAACACGGUGGACGACGAUGCAGAAGACAGUGAUGUUGAAAUUAGCAAAAUCGAUUUCCGAGGGGUGAAUUUACGUACGAAGAAGAAACGGGAAGUAUCUGGUGGCCAAAGCGGAGAGAAAAUUGGCGACGGGGACACUGAGGAUGGGGACACGUCCCAACAGCAACCAGAGAGGCCUAUGUCAUGGGAAGGAGAAUUGUCUGAUCAAGAAAUGUCUUCCAAUACUAUUACAAAUCAAGAUACACACGAGGACACGUCCAUGGAGGGUGUCCAAGUGUGCGGCGCGAGUCCUGGCCCCAUGGAACAGAAGUUUCCCAUAAAACCAGAGCCAGACUUUCGGACUAGUCCUGGAUUUGGAUUCAACUCAUUCCAUGAUACGGGAUCACCCUUGCCCCAUGGCCAACAGAUACAACAGCAGCAGCAACAGCAGCAGCAGCAGCAACAACAACAACAACAACGCAGUGUUGAAAAUCUUGAACAGACUCAACAAAACGAUUUGCCUCUCCUUGUGGGGAAAUUACUUGGCGGUUACAAUAGUUCAACUCCAAAUCACAGCCCUGUAUUAAAUCCUAGACACCAUCUGACCAAGCAUAGCCAUACGAGAUCGCAGGUGCCGUCACCGGACUCGGCGAUUCAUUCCGCAUACAGCGUAUUCAGCUCCCCGACACAGAGUCCACAUGCGGCUCGCCAUUCCGCCCUGGGUGCCGGCAGCCCGGUUCCGUCCUCGUCGUUAUCUCUGUCGCGACAUAGCUUCAACAAUUCGACCUCCUCGUUGUCUUUGUCGUUAUCGCAUUCGCUCUCGAGGAACAACUCUGAUGCCUCGAGCAGUUGCUACAGCUACGGCUCUCUCAGCCCGCCCACGCACUCACCCGUCCAACAACCGAGACACCCACAGCAUCAUCAGCACCAGGUGGCCCAGGGCAGUCCGCUUCAUCUGCCGGCGACAGCCUCGCCCGCUGUUCCUCAUCAUUAUUCGUCGUCCGCCCCAGGCUCCGAGCUCUCUCCCGAAGGACACACCGCAGACGAUCAAGAGGAUUGUCGAAUUCCCUCGGCACCAUCCGGCAUUUCCACCAGACAGCAACUGAUCAACAGUCCAUGUCCGAUUUGCGGAGACAAAAUUAGCGGUUUCCAUUAUGGGAUUUUCUCAUGCGAGUCCUGCAAAGGAUUUUUCAAACGAACCGUCCAGAACCGGAAGAAUUAUGUGUGCCUUAGAGGCGCGGGCUGCCCGGUCACCGUCGCAACCAGGAAGAAAUGCCCGGCCUGUAGAUUUGACAAGUGCCUCAAUAUGGGUAUGAAGCUCGAAGCGAUUAGAGAGGAUCGUACCAGAGGCGGAAGAAGUACCUAUCAGUGCACGUACACGCUUCCAGCCAGUCUGGUUGGGAGUCCAGCGAACAGCAUGACCAGUGACAAGUUAGCCACAGGAGGAAAUUGUAGUCCAGCACCAGCUGGCAGUGAAUAUCACUAUAACGCCAGGCAUUAUUCGAAUCACUCUCACAAGAUCCAAGUAGUGCCGCAACUUUUGCAAGAAAUCAUGGACGUGGAACAUUUGUGGCAUUACAAUGAUAAUGAUCGCAUGUCCGGGGUACAAGCCGGAGGCGCGAACGCGACUAUAAAUAGCGACACGAUCUUAAUGGGUAGUGGCGGUGGAUCCGGAACCGAUGCAGGCUCGGGUGUCGAGUGUUCUUCCGGUGGGACUGCGAGGAACGGUAAUCCAAGCAGCAGAAGAGACGAGAGGUCGUGCUCGAACUCCUCCGCCGUCAAUAGUGAGCAACGUGGCGGGCCUGUUAAUAGCAGUUCUCAGAUGAACAACACAAACGGUAAUCCGAAUCAGCGUCCCGACUUCCUAUCGAACCUGUGCAACAUAGCCGAUCACCGACUUUACAAGAUAGUGAAGUGGUGUAAAAGUUUGCCGCUGUUCAAGAACAUUUCGAUCGACGACCAAAUUUGUUUGUUGAUCAACUCCUGGUGCGAAUUGCUGCUAUUCUCGUGCUGCUUUCGCAGCAUGAGCACUCCCGGUGAAAUAAGAGUGUCUCUCGGCAAGUCGAUUACGUUGGAACGUGCUAGACAGCUCGGCCUGGCGACUUGCAUUGAGAGGAUGCUCGCAUUUACCAACAAUCUCCGAAGACUCCGUGUAGAUCAAUAUGAAUAUGUGGCAAUGAAGGUAAUAGUAUUAUUGACAUCCGACACAAGCGAACUGAAAGAACCGGAAAAGGUGAGAGCAUCUCAGGAGAAAGCGUUACAAGCGUUACAACAGUAUACUAUAGCGAGGUACCCGGAAAUGCCUGCCAAGUUUGGCGAACUACUGUUGAGAAUUCCGGAUUUGCAAAGGACAUGCCAAGCGGGAAAAGAAUUGUUGAGUGCGAAACGUGCUGAAGGGGAAGGCAGCUCAUUUAAUUUGUUGAUGGAAUUAUUGAGAGGAGAUCAUUGAAAUAUUGUCGCAGCAGACAAUGCCAUUCCACGCUUAUAAGUUCCAUAAGCUUAAGGAAUCGGACAUAUUAGAUAAUGAAGGAGCAGCACCACUAGAAAAAAAUAUUACAGUCCACGAUACAUUAGUUCUGGGUGAAGGGACUACAUUCUUAUAGGGCUAAUUAGAAGUUGACUGUUUGAUGCAUUGAGCGGAUCAGAAAUCAUGUUUUUUUCUCUUCAUUUUUGUUCUAUUUUUUAAUUGAUUAAAAUACUUCCACAGAGGUAUCGCGUGAUAACGUGAACUCGCCUUAAAACAGACGAAUUUCGGAGCAGCCUAUGGUAUGUUCGAAAUAUCCAGCAUGCAUAGUUGUAUACAAAAGAGACUGAAAGUAUAAUUGAAGGAGAGAUGCAGAGCAUUUACUUUUAUAAUAUUAUUGAUGUACAGAGAUAGAGAUUGAGAGAGGGGGAGAGAAAGAGAACGCGUGUAUGUGAAGAGGAGAGAAUGUAAGGGAGAGAAUAUUCGGUAUCGAAAUCAUAUUAGAUAGAUUCAAUCUGUUCAAUUAAAACGAGGGACAUAAAGAGUUUUAACCUUGAUAUACAUGUAUAAUUAAAUACUAUAUAUAAUGAUAAAACAAACCAGUAUUUUGUAUUAUUCUGCGUUUACUUAAGAAUAGGACACGGAACGAUGUCUUAUAUCCCGGUAAUGAAAGUGUACUUAAAACUUAUGAGUCGACCAAUUAUUUACUUAUAGAACAAUUAUAAUCAUGUAACAAUUACUAAGUAAUAACAGCUAGCUAACGUAUUUUGCCAACAGGACAUUUAUGAUUCUUAUCUACGUAUCACGUAAAAAUGCAACCUCUUCUACUUUUAUUUUUUGUACGUGUUUAAUGAACCAACGACGGAUGGAAAAAUUUACUCUUAACGUACAUUCUUUUAAAAAACUGGCAACAAUCAUGUUUUCACUGUAAAUAAAUUUUAUUUUAAAACAAUUGUUUCGAAAUUAUAGUUUUAUAGAGUUUUCUGUAGACUCAUUAAAGAAACUGCCCUUUAUUCGUUAUUCAAAUUUUAUAAUUAUUGCUUAGGAAUUAAGGCGGUUUGAUUUAUCAUAUUUAUGCAGACGGAAAAUAUGUAUCAUUUGUCAUAAUAAAAGUAGAAAUUUAGGACCAGUGAUCAAGGAUUUUUGUUAGUAAUUAAUUGGAUUUGCAAUAUUUGAGUAAGCUCAUCAAAAAAUUGUAUUCGUAGGGUACAUUAUAAAUCGAAAAUUUAA